AUGGGCCCCUGUACCGCCUCCUCAUGCUGCUGCCAGGCCCGUAAUCUGCCAUGGGCCCCCGUACCGACUCCUCAUGCUGCUGCCAGGCCCGUAAUCUGUCAUGGGCCCCUGUACCGCCUCCUCAUGCUGCUGCCAGGUCCACAGUGUGUCAUGGGUCCCUGUACGGCCUCCCAUUGCUGCUGUCUCCAUCGCCACACUCUGCCAUGUGCCACUUUCAGGUCUCCUCACACUGCUGGUGGGUUCCAUUUUUGUCAUAGGGUGCUGUAUGGCCUCCCAUUGCUGCUGCCUCCACCGCCACACUGUGGCUCCACACUCUGGUUUUGGCCCCGUGACUGCCCAAAUGAGUGAAGUGUGCAGUGAUUCUAAGAUCGACGGCACUCAUCUGCAUGUCAUACUGACUGACAGUAUUAUUUCUCUUCCCCAGCAGACUCCAAGGGCAUUUAAAUUAAAGGUACAGUGUUCUGCACUAAUAUAA